CGCGCUGUUUGAAAAAAAGAACGGUUAAAUCUAGAAUAACGGCUUUGACUAGUCGCUCGGAUAUCCGCGUUAUUUCGUGAAAGAAUUCUCUUAGAUGUUCGAUACUGCGUUUGAUUCGGUCUCUCAGCGUCUUUUCCACAAGAAACGUUCGAAACUGCGUAGAAAGAGGAAGAAAACGAGAAACAUCUCUCCAUCUGAAAGAAUGGCUCCGACCUACAUGACUGACUACUCUAAACUUUCCAACAAGGAAAAGCAUAAAUUGAGAAAACCAGUGGUGGAGAAGAUGCGCAGAGAUCGCAUCAAUAGCUGCAUCGAGCAGCUCAAAUCCAUGCUGGAGAAGGAGAUCCACCAGCAGGAUCCAAACACCAAGCUGGAGAAAGCCGACAUCCUGGAGAUGACGGUGGUUUUUCUGAAACAGCAGCUGCAGCCCAAGACCUCGGCUCCACAGAAAGCCCACUUUGACGGCUAUUCCCAGUGCUGCAGGGAGACCAUGAGCUUCUUAUCUGGAAACUCCAAGGUGGACGCUGUACGUCAGCAUCUGAACCACAGCCAGGAAGCCCAGAGAUCAUCUAAAGACCUCGCUCACGUGUCUCCAGCUUCCCAUCAGCCCAUCAAAGUGAAGCAGACAAGUGCUCACAGACCUCUCUGGAGACCCUGGUAGAUGAUGAAAGACUUUGACAGAAAGACUAGAUGGUGGUUUUACCAUCUCUUGUAUUGUAGGAGAUACUUCCUUUUCAAAUUUGUUUUGAAAGAAUCUUUUUAUGGUGCUUCUACCUAGUUUGUAGAAGGAAGUGGGUUUCACAAUGUGAAAGUCUAAUUUUCUACAGGUGAUUAUAUUCUGAUCAGAGGUUUAUUGUAACACACCUCUAUAGUUUUCCUCAUGGAUGGACGGUAAUUUGUAUAAAUCUUCACAAUGAAGAGUCGAUAAACAUCUCCUGUGGAGACAAAGUAAUUAUUUGCAAUGUUUGAUAUGCAAAUGUAAUGGUUUGUUCUUAUGAAAGAUGUGAAUUUUCCUUAUUUCUAAUAUAUAGUGGCAUAUGUUAAUUGUGCAAUCAUACAAAUAAACAACUUUUAA